AUGCUGUCUCGCGAGCGCUUGCGGCGCGAGCUGGAGCGGGAGUGGGCGCUCAUCGAGAGCGCGGAGAAGAAGGUUGCUGCUCGCUGGAUUAGCUGGUUUGAGAAGAACGUGAGCAAGCACUUCAGCUUUCUACCAGAAGACAGUGUGGUUGUCUUCAACGUGGGGGGCCAGCUGUUCAAGUCCACCGUGAAGGUGUGGACUCGAGACCGCUUCUCGAUCUUGGCGCAGCUCUGCACGACAGCCCCCAAGCUUCGCCCCGACACAGAUCAAUCGUUCUUCUUCGAUCGGGACUUUUGGGUCUUUCGGCUCAUUGUCGCGUUCUUGAGAGACAGCACGCUGCCGGAAUCGGUCGAGGAGCUGCGCGAGUUGUACUGCGAGGCCAGCUUUUACCGUCUCGGACUGCUCCGGCACGCCAUUGAGGCUCGGAUGAUUGGCGAGGACGCUGUUGCUGCAAACGAGCUGCAGGUACGCCUCAGUGACUCCCAAAGCGCGCCAGUAGAAGCUCCAGCAAAAGUACAGGACAAGCCUUCGAACGAAGACUCGUCACCUAGCAUUGCUAGCAAGUACAGUGAGCUGCCUGACCCGUUUGGAUUCACCUCCAAGAAAUAA